UCCUCCAGCCUGCGGUGAACCUUUUCCCUUCUCCAUCCUUUUUUUUUUGCCAUUCGUUGUCUCUCUUUUUCCACCCAGUUAAUGUCUGCCGACCCCGCACUGCGAUACGUCUACUGGCGCUUUGUCGUGCUUGGCAUGGCCACGCUGAUGGCCUGGAACGUCUAUAUAACGGCCUCGGGCUUUUUCCGGCACGUAUUCCGCAACACCCCUUUGCGGGACAGCUUCGAGAGCGUGUUCUCGAUAUUCUCCAACACCAUCAACCUCAUAGCGCUCAGCUACGCGCUGUACACGCAGCCCUCGGCCAACAAUGACCGGCGGAUCCAAGCCGGGCUUUUGUCGACCGUCUGCGUGUUUCUGGCGCUUUUGCUUCUGCCACUACUCAAUAUUGACGGGUGGUUGGCAUUGGUAAUUGCGCUGCUGGCGCUGUGUGUGGCCGCAGUGGCAGCGGCAUUUGUGCAGUGCUCGAUUUUUGGCAUUGCCGCGCCAUUGCAUGCGUGCUGUGCCGAGGCAUAUAUGGGCGGGCAGGCGAUUGCCGGGACCGUGGCCAGCGCAUUGCAGCUAUUUACAGUGUACGGUGCCGAAGAUGAUGGCCGGGUGAGGGUGCGCGCGGGCGUGUACUUUGGCAUUGCUGCGGUGUUUCUUGCUCUGUCGAUGACGGCGUGGUCGCAGCUGAGCCGCCAUGAGAUGAUUGCGCAGAAUGCGUACCGUGCAUUGGACGGGCCGGACGCUGGCAUGGGGAGGAUGCAGCACGGGUCGCCGCGGCUGACACGCGAUCCGGAGGGCCCUGUAGAGUAUGCGGUGGAGACGGUCGAGCUGGAGCAGGUGGUAGAGCAGAAUGGGUUGCCCAAGUGGCUGGGCGCGCUGGGCCUGGAUAACAUGAGAGUGCUGUGUCUGGCGUUCGGCGAGAUCGCACCGUUCGCGUAUAUCUGCGGAUCCGCCAUGUGCCUGACAUUGGCGCUGUUCCCGCCUCUGACAGAGGCCAUUGUGAGCUCGCCCAAGAGCUCGCCACAAAUCGCCAAUCUGACUGCCUGGCACUUCCUGCUGUUCAAUGUCGGGGAUUACCUGGGCCGUCUGUCGACGCAGUGGAUCAGAUGCGAGUCGGUGAGGGUGCUGAAUUGGAUUGGUGCCGCGCGCCUGCUGUUUGUCCCGGCGUUCCUUAUGUUUCCGACUGUGGCAACGGCGCCCGGCGAUGCGCUGGUUGUUCAUUCGGAUUUGCUGUUCCUUUUGCUGGUGGCCAUGCUGGGAUGGUCGAAUGGCUGGGUUGCCACUAUGACGCUGGUACGGGCCCCCAGAGAUGCUACCAACAAGGCGUUGGCUGGCUCCGUGCUGAGCUUUGCACUGUGCGUCGGCUUGAUGGUCGGUGCCCUCCUGUCGUAUCCAAUCCUGCUUAUUGCUGGCAUAUUGUAGUGGAAGAGAGGUACGCUUUUUUAUUUUAGAGAUAGGGUGUCUAUACACAAGCAUAGAGAGGGGUUUAGGUAA